AUGGACUCGGGCAGCGCGGAGAUCGUUGUGGAUUGCGGUGUCUUCCAGAUAUACAGCGACGGUCGCGUCGAGCGCUUCGCCGGCAUGGAAACCGUGCCCGCCGGCUUCGACGCCGACACCGGUGUCACCUCCAAAGACGUGGUCAUCGACGCCAAGACCAGCGUCGCCACGCGGCUGUACCUGCCAGCCAUCCAUACGGCCCCGUCAUCUCCCCAGUCGGACGACAACGACAGCAACAGCGCCACGGCGAAGCUUCCCAUCCUCGUCGUCUUCCACGGCGGCUUCUUCGUCAUGGGCUCACCGGCUGAUCCUGACUUCCACCGCUACAUGAACUCGCUGGUCGCCAGCGCCCGCGUCGUCGCUGUCUCCGUCGGCUACCGCCUCGCGCCUGAGCACCCGCUCCCUGCAGCCUACGAGGACUCCUGGACCGCGCUCAACUGGGCGGUUUCCGGCGCAGCAGACCCGUGGCUGUCCGCUCACGGCGACCCAGGGCGCGUCUUCGUGGCCGGUGGCAGCGCCGGGGCGAACAUCGCGCACAACAUGGCCAUCGCCGCGGGCGUGAGCGGCUUGCACGCCGCGGAACAACCACCACCACCACGCGUCGAAGGCGUGCUCCUGCUCCACCCUUCGUUUGCCGGCGAGCAGAGGAUGGAAGAAGAGGAAGACGGAUUCUGGCAAGCUAAUAAGAGGAGGUGGGAGGCCAUCUUCCCCGGCGCGAGAGACGGGCUGGACGAUCCGAGGAUCAACCCGAUGGCCGCUGGCGCGCCGAGCCUGGCGAAGCUGGUGGGCGAGCGGCUGCUGGUGUGCACGGCGUCGGAGGACCCGAGGGCACCGAGGGGCCGGGCGUACUGCGAGGCCGUGAGGGCCAGCGGGUGGCGGGGGAAGGUGGAGUGGUUCGAAUCACAAGACGAGGGACACGCAUUCUUCGUCUCCGGCCACGGCAGCCCCGAGGCCGUUGCGCUGAUGGAUCGAGUGGUUGCUUUCAUUGCUGGCCAUUGA